AUGUCUUCCUCUACAAGACAUGAAUUGAGGCGCUCAGCCUCCAGCAUCGCGACCGAGCUCUGGUCUCCUGAUGAAUUGUACAAGGCCGAUCCCCAGGUCGAUAUUUUGCAGCCGAUUUUGAAGACUCUCGAAGUGGACUCCGGGCGCUUUUACGCGUUCCGUCUGUCACUGGUGCUGGCGCCGUUUGAGGCGCUUGAGAGGUACCGGGCCCCAGAAGGCGAGGGCACCGAUCUUCUCGCCGAUGACAGUGACCUCGACGUGACGUGCACGGAGAUGCGGUGGGACGGGCGACCAGAUGUGAGCACAACGGGCAUCAUCGCUGAACAGUGCAAGGCAACGUCAUGGCUCCGCUUCUCGAGCACUCUCUCGCGGCGAGUGUUUGUUGUCGAUCGCUCUGCGGCGCACGUGCAGACGCUCGUUGCAGCGCUGCGCUACUCGUUCUCUCAUCUCUUGUUUCCAGCAGACUCGGAGAUGUGCGAGGGGACGUGCACUGUACUGUUCCAGUUCAUCGUGCACCAUUGGUCGAGGCUCUCGGGAUUUCUUCCUUUGCUGUACUUUCUUUUCGAGAUUCAGGAGCGCGCCUUCUCGGCGUUUUACAAGCAGCUGGGUAGCCUGGUUCAGGCGAGGGUGAACAGCGAUAUCGCUGCGUGUGACACCCUCAAGCCGAAAAAGAGUGGGAAGUUGUUCUCGUGGUUUUCAUCAAAGCCAAAGGAAGCCGAGCUCGGCGUGAGCGACAAGCUGGAGAUCAUCGACUCUCUCAAGUCGAUGCUACCGCCGACCUUUGAAAAACGGUACAUGCUUGCCCUCGUGAAUCAUGAACACUUGGGAAAGAUGCAGCUCUUCUGUCGGGAGUAUGUGGGCUCCCUGAAGGGAGAGGCAUCCACGUAUCAGGCGUUCGCGGAGGGCUUCGCUGCUCACCCGCUCACCUCGAGCCCUAUCAAGGGGUGGUAUCCAACGAGCGCUCUGGAGGCUCUGGGAAAAGAGAACGCUGCUGUAAAGAAAACGAUGGCCUCGGUGCAGCGGUUCGCGUUGCGCAAGAGCUCUCUCGCGAACGAGUUUGUUCUUCCGUAUCUAAAGGCUAUAUCGGAGUGCGAGUGGGAAAUCGGCAUUAUCGCACACUCACUCGUGGCUUUCUACGAGGAUCUGAUGAUGCGUGCAAAGAGGCUAAGCGAAAACACGAUGCUGUUGUCCGGAGAGGUACCCCUGCCGCCGGGGUGUGAGACUUCCACGCGGCCAGAGAGCCUGGAAAAAGCCCGCGAAGUAAAUCAGCGGUUUGCAUUGGAGUUCUCCAAUAUGAAGCAGCAGUUCGACGCGGAGGUAGCACACGCGGAGGCGGCGAUAAAGACACGCACGAGGCGUCUCUGCAUUCUCUGCGGGAGUGUGGUGAAGGCGAUAGCUUCUUGCGCGGACGUAGAGUACGACGAAGAGUACUUGUCUCCACUUGCCCCACCACUGCCUGACGACGUCACCGACGACUGCUUCGCGUCUCAAUCACUCAACGGGUGCCUUGGUGUCGUGGAGGGGCAGGAGGAAUCCAGCUAUACCAUGGACCGUGAGGGAGCCUAG